GUCAUUUGUCAAUUUGUCACCCAAUAAAAAAACGUGCUGAAUGUUGAAUUUGUAAAUAAUAAUAUUGAAAGUCUUUUAAGAAUCGAAUUAAAAAUAUUGUGUUUGAAACUUGAUUUUAUUGUGAGUACCAUUAAAAAUGAAGAUAACAAGAUACAAGAAAGUUCAAAAAUACCUUAAAUUUUAUUAUAACAACUACGGCUUUCAUCAACCUUAUCAAGUAUUGAUCGACGGUACCUUCUGUUUUUCAGCUUUUAAAGAACACAUAAAUAUUAGAGACCAACUCUCAAAAUAUCUUAAUGGAAGUGUAAAAUUAUUAACAACAAGGUGUAUAAUAAUAGAGACUGAAAAGAUUUCUAAAAAGACACAUGGAGCACUAACUAUAUUAAAGCAGUUUGGUAUUCAUGAAUGUGACCAUGAAGACCCUGUUGCAGGCUCAAAAUGCAUAUUAUCUAUGAUAGGAAAAAAAAAUCCUAAACAUUAUAUUCUGGCCACACAAGACAGAGACUUACAAGAGAAAAUGAGAUUAAAACCUGGGGUACCUCUACUCUAUUUACAUAAUAAAUCUCCUACUCUUGAAAAACCUUCAAAAGCAAGCUAUGGUAAAGCUGGUGCAACAUUGGAAGACAAUAAAUUUAUGUUCAUAAGUGAAACACAAAAUGAAAUACUAAAAAAUAUGAAAAAAGCCUUAGGAGUUGAAAAGCUUGAAGAAAAAAAUACAAUAAGGAAGAAGAAAAUCAAAAACCCUAACCCAUUAUCAUGUAAAAAGAAGAAAAAAAAGCCAGCUGUGAAAAAUAAAGUAAACAGUGACACUAAUGUAAUUGAUGGCAGAGUACAGAAAAGAAAGAAAUCUAAACCUAAAAAUGAUUUGUAUUGAUUUGUUCAAAGUACUACUAAAUAAAACAAUUUUGAGAGUUUAAACCAUAUCUUUUA